AUGGCUGUUGUUGUUGCUCAACCUAACAAAUCGGACAGCGUUGACAGCUCUGCCUCUGGUGCUGGAAAUCCAAAUGGUCCAUCUUUUUUUAAAAACUCUGAAUUGAUCGAAGAAGGUGACACCGUGAUUAUUUACGUAACAUUCGACUCGACGCAUGCAAUCAUUGCACGACGAGGCCAAACCUUGUGUAUGAAAUAUGGGGCACUGCGACACGAGUUCGUGAUAGGAAAGCCGUGAGU